CCUGUUCAUUGUCUUCUCGGGCGAAGGGCGACGAUGCGUUCCCGGGCGCCGGCUUGGGGGCUGGCGUGGCUGCUGGCGGCCCUGGCCGCCGCCGCCUCUGCCUCCAGGAAGGAGCGCGCCCCUAAGGUGGCCUCCUGGGAGGAGGUCAACAUCCUGGCGCACGGGCUGCUGCAGCUGGGUCACGGCCUCCGGGAGGCACGUCGAGCGCACCGGCGGGCAGCUGCGGAGCUGGGCAGCAGGCUCAGCACGCACAAACGCCUCGCUCGCCGGGCUGGAGCGCUCGGGCCGCCGAGCAGCGGGAGCAGCUGGCCCGCACCCAGCGCCUCCCUCGACAGCCGCUUCGCCGAGUUGGACGGCCGGCUGCAAACGCUGGCGGGCGCGCUGGCGGCGCGCGAGGAAGCCUGGCGCGACGCGCUUGGGGAGGGUCGACGGCCAAGCGCUGCGCCCCGCGGGGCCUCGCUUUCAUCCCGCACCCCAGGACGUUGCGGUGAAAUUAAUCCAGCGGGUGCGUCCCUUUGUAUGUUUCAGAACCUGGUGAGGCGCCAGAGCCUGAGAAUCGAAGAGCUUUUGCAGAAGAUCAAGCAGCAGCAGUUCCGGAUGGACAAGCAGAAUCUGCACAUUAAAAGUCUUCAGAGCAAGGUCAACAUGAUCGUCCCGUUGCACCGCAGCGAAAAGGAGGUGCAGAAUCCCCGGUGGAGGGUGACGGUCCAGCGGAGUGCUGAUCGAGCUGCCAAUCAGAGCCAGAUGGCCAAGCCUGGAGCGCUGCCAGGUUUGAAGCUUCCAGCCGGCUGUCACGAUCUCUUCCUGGAGGGGCAGCAGAACAGCGGGGUCUUCGAGAUCCAGCCCCCCGGAGCCCAGGCGUUCAAAGUCUUCUGUGACAUGGAGAACGGAGGCUGGACCGUGAUCCAGAGGCGCUUGGAUGGUUCUGUAGAUUUUGACCGGCUGUGGGAAGCCUAUAAGGAUGGCUUCGGAAAUCUGACAGGUGAUUUCUGGCUGGGCCUGGAGAAGAUGCACCAGAUCGUGAAAAAGGGGCGGUUCCACCUCUUAGUCGAGCUGCAGGACUGGGAAGGGAAUGCCCAGAGAGCCCAGUUUCUCUUCAGGCUGGGCGGAGAGGACACGGCGUACACACUCAGCCUCCUGGGACCCAUCCUGGGGGAGCUGGAGAGCGCCAUGGGGGACUUCCCCCAGCUGCCCUUUUCCACGAGGGAUCAGGACCACGACCUGAAGGGAGACACCAACUGUGCCAAGCACCUCUCAGGAGGCUGGUGGUUUAGCUACUGUGGCCACGUCAACCUCAACGGGAAAUACUUCCGCUCCAUCCCACGGCAGCGGCAUGAGAGGAAGCAAGGCAUUUUCUGGAAGACUUGGCGAGGGCGGUACUACCCCCUGCAAUCCGCUACCAUGAAGAUCCGGCCCGUGGAGCUGGGCCGGGCGUCCUAAGGGCCCCCAAGAGACUGGGCACGGCCCUUUCCAUCCGCUCCUGCGAGGCGCAGCUGGUCUCCGGCUCCUGGAGCCUGGGCAGCGGUGCCCCGAGGCCUCUUCGCUGGCUUUCGGUCUGAGGAGGGAGCCUUUCUUUGUGGGGGGUGGGUAAGCCUGGCAAGAGGGGCCAGUGGAAGGGCGUAGGUGGCACAGGGGACGGCUGCUGUGUUGUGAUGCCAUCUGGGGAAGAAUUUGGGGAGUGCCACUGCUCAGCCUCCUGGGAUUGUCAGGAGUUCUUUCUGGGCACAGCGAGUCGGUACCCUCUGACUUUAUGCCGCCUCCAAAUGAGAAAGAUCGUCCUCUUCCUCCCCCCCCCCCCAUAAUUGUGCUCAAGAGACGGAGCCCCUGAGAAAGCUAUGGGGCUGGACUGGCUGGCGGGUGGGUGGGCAGCAUGGGUACCCCUCACCGGAAGUGACUCUGGCACGGAUCCUCUGGCAGCAGCCAUGAGCCAAGCUGACCGCUUGGGAUAUAACGCUGCCCCCGCCUUCCUUCUCGGAUUCUCCUUAGGUCACAUUGACUUAAUACGCUCCUAUGUUUGGCUGUUUGUCGUGCACGGGAGUUUCCCGGGGUGGGGACAGGUUAAGUGUAUUUCAUCCCAUCUUUUAAAAUUAUCCUGUGGUUUUUUAAAAUGGACCAUCGCUGAGUGUUAUUGUUGUGUGACUUUAAAAAAAACAGUGCUUUGGAGACUUGCAAUAAGAGACGGGAGAUUUUUUUUUCCUCUUAGUUUUUUUAAAAUCUUUUUAUACUUAGUUCUGAGACUCUGUGGUCAGUGACUUGUCUUUUUGCCUUUUAUGAAUUAAAAAAGGAAACUGGA